AUUUCUAUUGCCAUUACCGCUGCAACAAUUGUGUCCCCCAUUAAGAAGAGUGCGCAUUAAAAAUAAGAGGUAGAAAAUCAAAGCAUUUUAUCUUAAUAGCACAACAGGAAGAAGAACAAUAAUAGUAGAAAAAAUAAACUCAAAGUAAUAACAGUAAUCCAAGGGCUCCCAGCGCAGAACAAUAGUAGAUACAAAAUGUCCGCGUAUACAUUGCAGCUGUUCGUCAUUCUACUAUUCACACAAAUAAAUUACAAUCAAGCAUUGCCGCCAGAGGCAGUCAAUUCCAACGCUCCAACAGAUACGUUUUACAUACGACAUGGCCGCUCCAAAGUGCGCCACUCCAAUGAAAAGGAGCACAUAUUGCGGACAUGGCGCACACAAAACGCGAACAUAACACACAAUUAUGCCGGGAAUAUCGUCAAUGAAAAUGAGACAAGUGAUAAUGGUCGAGCGGAUUUCACCAGCAGCAUCAGUGUACCAAGUGGUAAUGGUCAUUUAUUCGGUACAGGAUAUUGGCAGCACUCAGAGUCUAAUGAUACGAUUACCAAACGCCUAACCUUAACUGAACCAAAUGCCACAUUGAAACCAUUCAAAACAGAACCGCACGCCACGGCUACCGUCAUGUCAAACACAGUCAGUACAAUGGCUCCGGUGACCCAUAAAAUACGUAAGUUGCAUAAAAAAAAAAUUAUGGAAAGUAUACGUAAUAGCGUUGAUAAGAGCAUGGGCAUACGAUUUUCAAACCACCAUCGUAGCUUGGCACAGGCGGAGCAAUUGCAAGGCAGACAUAUUGAUUUGAAGGAGGACAAGAGUAAUUCACAUGAAAGCAACGAGUUGAGUGAUGGGUUGCAGUUGGCAGAUACAUUGAGUUUGUAUGAUUCAUUAAACGAUGAGGACAUGUACCAAAAUGAUGAGUAUUUUACCACAACGGCAAUGGACUUAACUGUGAAAACAGAAAAUAUUGAAAAUGCAGCUGAUAUUAGUGAAGACUUGUCCCUUUCAACACUGCUACCAGCACUGAAUUUGGAAUCCGAAAUAUUAAAUGACGAUUACAAACAAAAUAUCGAGCCUGAAACAAGCACAGUUGGCACAAUGAAGACCACAACAGAUGCACAAAGGGACACAAAACAUGCAACAGCGUUUAGUGCAAAAUCAAUUUUGGCGACACCAAUGGAAAAUUCAGAAAUGAAAAAUAAAAACUCAAACCAUGCCGGCAUAGAAGGAAAUAAUAAGAGUCUUGCUAUACAUGUAAUAAAAAAUAAAAAUGAAUUCAAAACUGAAAUUACGGAAAAUGCACAAAAACACAGCAGAAGCAAUUUAAUUGCCAGAGUAGCACCACGUCCAGACACUCUUGAAAUCAAAUGGACUGAUAGUAAGCCACAUUUAGUGUCUGAAAAUGGCAGUGAGUUUGGAAGUGUGCCACAAAUACCAACAUCGGUAGGGGGUUUCAGUUCUGAGCCACCCGCUUUUAUAGCACCCACAGAGGCUGACUGGUAUGAGAGUCUAUCGCUUGGGCCUAGUCAAUCAGCUAGCACAAGUGUGGGUGGUGUGGGACUAGAUCGUCAGUCAAUGGAUAUGGAAGAAAUUAAUUUUGAUGACGUGGGCUUAAAUGUGCCAGAAGAUGGUAUCAUGGACGAUGGUCUGUUCGACAACAGCAAUGCAAAUGGUUUUCCUGUUAGUAGUAGCAAUGACAACAAUGAUGAGUACAGUGAUGAAGUUAAUCCAUUUCUGGCCGGCGCUGUUGAUGCAGCUAAUGAGGAUGAAAUAUAUAAUUGGGAUGAAAUAUCGCGAAAUAAUCGCAGAAAUUUAAUGCGCGGCCGUGAUGUUGUAACGAAAUUUCUGCAAAUCGUAGAGACGCAACAUUCACUCGGUUCAAACUGUGAAGCAAUUUUCAAAAUGACUGGACGCGGCGUGCAAUCCGACAUAAAUCUGCUUCACGCUUCGGUACUUUCGAUGGUGGAAUUCGAUGAUGAUAUUUUUGCAGCGGGGAAUUGCUUUGAUUGGAAUGAACAUCCCACACAGCCGGGAUUAUUUUGCCCAUUCGCUUAUCGAUUGCCACCACCCAAUUUGGGAGCGAUACUCGCCAAGAACUUGGCUACGGAAUAUCAUUAUUUGGGAAACACAUCGGAGUGGUUCUUUCAGGCGCGGAAAAAUGCCGAAAAAGUUAUUGCACGCAAUGAGCAAUAUUUGAAAGUUUUUACCUAG